AUGAAGACGACCAGCCGCUAUGUGAGCUGGCCGGCCUUCUACACGGAGUAUGCGGGUACCCGCGGCCUCUCCGGCUAUGUGGAUGGAAGUCGCCUCAAGGCUCGCUUCAACGCGCCCUCCGGCUUGGUCAUUAGCACCGACCCUCGCCGGCCUUGGCGGAUCUACAUCGCCGACAGUGGCAAUCACUGCAUCCGCGUCGUGGCCUACGAGUCGGGGCGCAUUGCUACGGUGGCAGGCUCGCCGGUCACCAAGGGCUGGCGCGAUGGGCCCGGGCAAGAGGCCAAGUUCGAGCAGCCCAGCAGCCUGGGCAUGGACCCUGAAGGCCUACAUCUCUUUGUCCUGGACAACUUCCGAAGGAUCAGAUAUAUCCAACUCUACUUGAAGAAGAAGACCGUCUCCACCUUAGUGGGAGGCGCCUGCCGCGCAGUGGCACGUUGGACUGUUUAUGAGUCGAUCGUGCAACGGCGCGUGGGUUGCCAUCCCGUGGCUUGGGCGAUUGUGGGCGGUGUGGGUGGGCACGUGAGGUCCUCGGGCUGUGGGAUCGCCAAUCCGAUGCAGAUCACGUACGACUGGUCUGCCACCCUGGCGGGGGAGCAGGUGGACGUCUAUGUCUCAGGCGAAGGGAUCUUCAAGUGCACUGGCCAUCAGGCCACCUGUGCGCCGCGGAACCACCCGGCCCUCGCGGAUCGGGUCUCCACCCAGUUGCUGUCCAAGGCCUAUGCUCAGAGCCUGUUGGAAGGGAUUCCACCGGAGGAUCCCUACGACAUGCCCUUGGUCUUGCCCGGGGUCCCCAUGGGCGAUCGGAUCGAGCCAUCGGAUCGAGCGGAGUGCGUUCCGGCCGCGAAGCGAAGGACGCGACGUCGCGCUUUGGUCGGUCGCGCGAACGCGCGUGGCGUCGCGAGCGGCGGGGGCUUAUGCGGAGUUGGGAAAGGAUCGGUUCGGCGUUUCCUUUGCUAA